AUGAAGGACUAUGAAGCUGCCACCGCCUUCCUCGGUGAGUGGGGACGUUUCCAGAAGGAGGUGUUUUUCCUCCUCUGUUUGACCAUCGUCUCCAACGGAUUCACCGCCCUGUCCAUCGUCUUCGUGGCGGACACGCCGCCCCACAGCUGCCUCAUCCCGAGUCACCUGAACCUCACGGACGCGUGGAGGAACGUCAGUAUCCCGCUCGAGGUGGACAGUCAUAGCGGCGCGCUCGUGCCCAGCAAGUGCGUGAGGUACAGACUUAAAGAUGUGCGGGGUUUCUGGGACAGGGGUCUGCUGCCCGACGUCGAUGUCAACCUGUCUCAUGUGUCCACGGAGAGCUGCCUCGACGGGUGGGAGUACGACAGGAGCGUGUACACUACCACCAUCACAUCUGAGGUUUGUUUACCUCUGAGGUUAUUUAGGCAACAGGAGGCUGCAGGUACAGGAAUGAUACAUGAAGUUAAAGUGUUAGUGCCACAGAUGAAGUAACUUACAGGACACAACCUUUACUGACACAUAAAAAAUACAUUAACCUAAUUUUAUUCAAAAACAUCUGAAAAUAUACAUUUCUGACACUUGAGUUGACAGAAUAUUUGCAGAUAAAUUUGCCUUUAGAGUUGCCUACUUAUAUCUUAUUAUACUGUUUUUGUUUUGUAUUAUAUACUAAAACAUUAUAUAGUGUUACAUUGAAUUAUAUUAUAUUUACAUAUUAGCACUGCUAUACUGUAGACACGAUCUUAUAGUAAUUUUCUAUUGUAAACAUCAUAUCACAGCUUGACAUUACCCCGUUGUGGACUCAUUUGACUUCAUACCACGUCACUGUAUCCUAUAGCUUUCCCUUCAUCAAUAACAGUUGUAUUAUAGUAACAAUUACAGUUGCAUAUACUGCUUAUUAUUUAUUAUUUACGGCUAUUUAUUUUUUUAGCUUCAUUUUUUUUCUCUACUCUUACUGUUAUUGUAUUCUAACUUACAAUGUUUGUGUUUCUGCAACAACCAAAUUUCCUCUCCAGCCAUCAAUCAAGUACUAUCUUAUCUUAUCUUACUUCUCACAGGAUGGCUGAGCAGCUUUUUAAGUGUUAUCUUAUGUGUUAUUCUUGCAGCCUUUCAACAUACAAAUUAAAUCACCCAGGAAUCACAUCUUCAGUGCCUUGACUAAAACUAUUUUCGUUCAUUCAUCUCAUCCUAAAUAUAGUUAGAACUACAUGGUUUACUUCAGGUAAUUAAUCAGUUUGAUAUAAAAGUAGGUUUGCAUCGUGCGUCGUGCAUCGUUCCCUCAUCUAAUCGCAAACAGUCAUUCAACCAAUACAAACUAUUUGCUUCACACUCACUACUUGGCUGCUCUUUUUAUCAAGGCUUCAGAAGAGGUCAAGAAACGGUUCCCAGCGUCUCUAAACUGGAACUAACGACAAACAGACUGUUUUUACGAUCAUUAUAUUGAGUCUACUUUUGAUUUCCAGCAAAACAACAGCAGUAAAUCAAAAACCUCUUUCAAUAAAGGCAUUUUGAUUGUUUGCGUAUCAAAUAUUGAUAUCGCUGUUAAUGAGUGUGUGUUUGUGUGUGUUUUUGCAGUGGGACCUGGUGUGUGGCGAUCGGUGGAUGAACCCUCUGACCUCCUCUAUCUUCUUUUGUGGGGUGCUCGCCGGCUCCAUCAUUUCAGGACAGCUCUCUGACAGGUUAUUAACAACGAAUGUGAAGUUUUCCAGAAUUACCCCUUCCUGCUCUAGUUAAAUAAAAAUAAAGAUAUUUAUAUGUCAAAGGAUAAAGUAAAUUAAUAAUGAUAAUCUGUAGAAUAAUCUUUUUUCUGCUGCACAGUUGAUUCUCUAAUCAUGAAAAUCAUUUGAUUUAUUCCAGCUAACAUUACUGUUGAGAGUAAUGACGCAGUACAAAGUCCCAGCCAGCUGUGAAGUAAACUAGAAAAACUGUAUUUCACCAACUGUAUUCCAGGAUAAUUGUAAUAUAAGCGAGACUUGCUAAAAAAAAAACAGUUAACCAGUACUAAGUGUAACAUGAUACAAACUUUAGGCAGUUCCAUAAGCUUGUAACUAGUUUCAACAAUUGGUGUGUUGUCUGUUCAGUAUUUUCAAUCAAAUAUGAGGUUUGACUGAACAAUCAAAAUCAAUGUUUGGAACUUGAUAAUUGCAUACACAGAUAUAAGGUAUGUUGGUCUACCUUCCAGUCUUUAAAACAUGCUCACAGUGACUAUUACUUCUGCUUUGUGUCGUUUUCAGGUAUGGGAGAAAAAUUGUCUUAUUUGCUACCAUUGCCCUCCAGACUUUGGCCACACUUGUUCAGGUCUUCUCACAAUCCUGGGUUAUGUUCUGCGCCAUCUAUUUUGUUGUCGGCUUCGGAUCGAUUUCCAAAUAUGUCGCUGCAUUUGUGCUAGGUACUUUCAACGGUCUCUCAAUUAAUUCUAAUACGCAAUCAGUGGCUGAGAUAUUCAUUAUAACCCACCCUAUUCCAUUUCUCUAAUAUCAAUUUAAAUGCUGCUAGGACUGCAUAAAGCUGUCUAUUGCAUUUGUCACUUGUUAGAGAGCAGUCAGUGCAUGCACUCAAAACCUUUCUAACUACCUCUAUUGCAUAAUAACUGUAACUAUUACACUAUGAAACGGUGAAGCAUGCUUGGGUGAAAGGCUUCUGUCAGUUAUCAACUGUAGGUUAUUACUUAAAAAGUGUGCUGUUAACAUGUAGCUCAGUGUCCCUCCAGGCUUUCACUUGCCACUGCUGUUUCAGCUGCUAAUCAAUCAGAAAGCCAUGAAAUGAUAACAUUGUCCGAUUCUUCAUGCUUGUACUACUUUAAUCUGUCUGAGCUUCCUACCCUGAGUGUUAUUUUAUAGGAAAAUGGCCACUAUAAGUUCAAUGCAAAGAAAAAGACUGUCUAUUUCUCUCUGUGUGCUUCAAAUCCUUUCAUGUUUUCUGGUGCUAAGGUGCAGAGAUAUUAGGCCCACGUGUUCGGACGAUCUACUCCACGGCAGGUGUGAGCCUUUUCUUCGGUGCGGGUUACAUGCUGCUCCCGCUGUUUGCCUUCUUCAUCAGAGACUGGAGGAUGCUUCUUCUCGGGCUGGCUCUGCCUAGCGUCCUCUGUGUUCCUUUCUGGUGGUAGGUGGGUGUGUGUUUGUCUGUGUGGGUUUAAGAGAAGUCGUGUUCAUUACAUCAAAUAUCUUUUUUAGCUUUUUUUGUGCAGAGCGUUAAAUACUUUCAAAACACUGUCUAAUAUUUUUAUGUCAGGACUAAAGUGUGAGCAUAUCUUACCACCAUAAAUCUGAAAAAGAUAAAUCACCAUUAUUCCUGCUAAUAUAUACAUUUGUAUGCAUUGUUUUUUGUGCCUCUUUGGGUUACUAAUCAAUUACACAGUUUUCUUUCUGACUGGAAGUUGUAAACUUCAAAAUAAAAGCAUAUUUUGCAGGAGCAACCAAAAACAAGACAGAACAAAUAUCAAAAUAAAAACAUGACAAACAAACGCUUAAUGAAGCAAUGUCUUCUCCAAAGAGGUCUCUGUGGGGGGUUGAAGUUAUGAAGUUGUGUGCUGCUCCACCUCCUGUAACUGACUGUGUUGUUUUAUUUUCAAGUUUUCAAGAAAAUAUUGAAAUGAUAUUAUUAUCGCAAUAUUUUAUGGCCAUGAUACUAGUGAAGUGAAAAUCUGAUAUUGCACUACUUUAGAUCUUAAUAGUUGUCACUCAUAGUCUGAAAACAUAACAGGUCAUUUUAUAUCUGCUGUAGUUGUUGAUUUUUCAGGUCACAAUUUAAAUGAAAAUGCAACACAUCAGUUUGAACCUGCAUUUAAAAUGUGAAUGUGAUUUUUAUUUGUUUAUUUUUUUGUUUUGAACUGUUUCCUCCCAGUCCACUGCAACAACUCUCGCCAAAAUCACCUCUCUGACAGCUUUUGAAAUAGGUGGGGCUUGUUUUAAAGGGAGGCACCCAAGAAAUCAAGAGACUGUAGAGACCCUCAAUUGUACCUUUACUUUCUCACUGCUCCUUUUUCCUAUUGAAUAAAUCCCUCUCACUCUUGUGGGGCAGGUACAUCCCAGAGUCUCCUCGCUGGCUGCUCUCUCAGGGUAGAGUAGAGGAGGCUGAGGCCAUCAUCAGAAAUGCCGCCAAGAGAAACAAAAUCCAACCUCCAUCGGUCAUCUUCAGUCCUCUGCAGGUGAGAAGAUUUAAUAACCCUAACCCUAACCCCCUCCUUUCAGUCAAUCUUGUUAAUGUGGUUAAAGAAAGAAAGUCUCAGGAAUUAUUGUCUAUUGUUUGCUGACAAUAUUGUCUUUAGUGUUUAUUUUGGUGGGAAACUGAGGCCCCUCUGAUGUGUGGACUUACACUCUGUGAGAACCCGCUGUCAACACCAGUUAAAGUACAACUUGGACUUUAAGAUGACCUCAGGCUUUACAGCUCCUGCAAAUCACCAGGUUAUGGAAAGCAGCUUUAAGACCUUCAUUGUUGAACAUCUUUUACAGUCCUGGAGUCAUUAAAUCUAAAACACCUAAUGUUUGAAAUGUACUCCAAAGGUUGUCUGAUGGCUAAAUAAAUAAUUUUAUAUAGAGAUACCAAGUGAGAGAAAAGGAAAUUUGACAUUAGUCUUUAAGUCAUGUCAUGUGAGUAGAACCAGAGAAAAGACAACAGUGCUUUGACCUCUGACCCCCUGCUCUUCAGCCAUUUACCAGCCCAUGCCUGUUUCUUUGUUGAUACAGGAUUCCUCCCUGCCCUGUGCUUUCUUCUUAGCUUCUUUGUUAAACAGAUAAGAAGUGGGUCUGCAGACAUCGUCAUGGUUCACAGCCCAGUGUGGUGUAAUUAUUAACUAUGCAGCACAUGAGGGAGCUCUCAUCUUGAUGGCAGUGUGUAGGAAUAUAUGGGAUGGGUAUUUUUAAAAUAAUAAAUGAAGGAACUAGGGUAAGAAAAGAUACAAAACUAGGCUUACACUCAUUCAGGCUCAGACUUAAAUCAUCAAACUCAUGAUUUCAGCUUCUCAUGAUAAAGAUUUGAGCUGUUAUGAAAGUGUCUGUCAAGUUAAAAUAUUUACUUAAUACAAAAGUUAGUCUCUUGGCUUAAAGUUUAAUAUCAUGACAAGAACCUUAUCUGGAUUUCAUUUUUCCAUCCAACUUGUCCUCUCUGACACACAACCUUUGACCUGUAAACUUGUCUUGAAAAAACAGAAAGAUAUCCUUUGCACCAUGAAGAGGAACAGUGACUUGUUCUUUUAUAGUCAAAAGUUAUUCCCAGGGUCAAAAAAGAUGAAAUAAAACAUGUUGAAUUAGUUUCGUCUUUUAACUCCAAUUAUUUUUUUAAUAAAAGAAUAUUUGAUGAAGCCUCACUGAAUGAUUUUCCUAAUUACUGCAAGCACUUGCUCCAUCCAGCAUUUGCCCGCACAUUGAACUUUUGCCUCCAUAAUCCUGAUUCAGGCCUUUUUGACCCGCAUGUGUGGACACGCAUAAAUGCAUGUGUUCACCCUGCAUGUGGCCGUACAUUCAUAAUCUCCUCUCGAACUGAAUUAUUUCCAGAUUGAUGGCUCUACUCGUUAAGUGUUUGUUGUUCCACAUGUUCUUACCGCCUCACAGAUAGAACUUCAAUCCGAGCAGAGGAAGGCCCACAACAUCUGUGACCUGCUCCGCUCUCCAAACAUCCGCUGGAUCUCAGUCACGCUGUGGCUGGUCUGGUGAGUCCCCGCCGUUUCGCCUGACCUCCACAUUCAGUACAGUGACCCUGCAGGCAGAAAAGUGCGCAUGUAGGCAUACGCUGGGCACAAACUGUUACGCAUUUACAAAAACAUACAUGCAUAGGCAGUUUGUGUCUGUAUCCAUUACCCUCGACCGUGUAACAGCCUGUUUCACUAACAACAAAUAAUGAACCAUCAGGUGCUGUGGAGCAUGCACCAAAGAUCAAAAUCACUUUUAUGUAACUGCACAGUAUGCCUAUUUUCUUGAAAUCACUUUUUUUCAGUGUCAGUCCUGCAGCUGCAGAAAAAAUUACUGGUGUCCAAGUAAGCUGAAGGACUCUUGCAUAACUCCAUUUUACUUUUGAUAAUAAUACUCUAUGUAUGGGUUCACCUGGGGACAUUAGCACCAAAAACAAACUCCCUACUCAGUAUUUUAUAUCCAUGCCCUGUUUUGAAACAACAUUCUAUUUAAUUACACUGUCCCUUUAAGACAAAACAAAAUGGAACUAGAAAUGUCUUACUAAACAACACGUUUAUAGAAAAUUUAUAAUAAUCAAAGCAAAGUAAUGUAAACAUCUUUGGUUUAAUAUUUACGCUUCACUACUAUCUCCACAGGAACUCUGUGACCAUCGGCUACUUCGCUCUUUCCCUGAACACGGCGAACCUGCACGGUAAUGCGUACUUCAACUGUUUCCUGUCGGCCCUGGUGGAGAUGCCUGCCUACACUUUGUCUUGGAUCAUGUUUCGUUGGUGUUCAAGACGGUGGAGUCUGUCGUCAACACUCUUAAUGGGGGGAGUGUUCCUACUCCUCAUACAGCUCGUACCUGCGAGUAUGAAAACUAAAUGUUUUUAUACAAAAUAAUCAUAAAGCUGUCAUGUGAUAAAUCAUCAUUUUCUAGUUUUAAAAAAGUUUUUGAACGUUUAACUUUCAGAUUAUCAAAUGACAUGUGUCAUGCUUCAUUCUUCCCAGAUCACAUUUUUGUGGCCAUAACACUGGAGAUGAUGGGGAAGUUUGCAGUGACAACAGCAUUUGCUAUUGUGUAUGCAUACACAGCAGAACUCUACCCGACAGUUCUGAGGAAUACAGCUGUCGGUACCUGCUCCAUGGCCUCCAGAAUAGGCAGCAUCAUUGCUCCAUACUUCAUUUAUCUAAGUAAGGAUGCUUUAUGAGCAGCUCAUCAUAAUGAAGUGUAUUUCGAUCUCCAGAGAUUAACCUAAAUUUGCUAGUACUUUGGCAAAGAGUGUCUUGCUAUCAUUUAAUUUCCUGAUUUUGAUCUGAAUGGAUAUCCUGUAAAAGACACGUGUGCAAACAAUUUCACGAUAGAAGUGGUGGCAUUCAAUCAUUUUAACAUAUUUAAAGCUCUUAAAUACCAAAAAAUAUUCCAAGGCUGUCCUUUACAUUUCAGCAUGCAGCACAAGCAUCAGUAUUCUCCAGCUGAUGCAUUUGUCAUACUUAUACCAGCAACCCAUAUUGUGUGAGAAGCAAAUAAUCCUGCACCCAGUGAUUAGAUUCAUAGUGAAAUUAGAAGUAGUAAAGCGCAAAGGUGGUGUGUUCCUAUCUUAAGAGUUUAAAGUCAGUGGCGCUGUACUUUCCUGCUGUUUAGAGAGCAGAUUAUUGAUCGCAAGAUAGCCAUUGGUUCCAUUUAUAAUAUUGAUUCCUCUUUCUUUUACACAGAGAGAGAUAUGCAGAGCAGUGCUGUGUUUCGUAAAGAAAUAUUGGUGUCAUUGUUAUUUGGGACAGAGGGCUUUUCUUUUCACCCUCGUUUCCUCACAUAUACCACACAGUACCUGUGAGAAGACAAGGACAUCCUCAUCGCUUUUUUUGACUGAACACGCCUGCUUCACUUCAGCCCUGCACCAGACAAACACUCUAGGCCGAGAAUAGAGUAACUGUUUACUCCUUCUGUUUGAAUAGCAACAAGUGUGCCUGCAGGUGCUUUUGACUCGUAGAGGGAAUAAGAGCAGAUGCGCUGUCAUGAGUCAUGUUACCCCUAAAACACACCUACAAACAAUCAGGAGUGUUUUAUUAAGAGCAAAGAUUGUGUGCCACUUAACUAGCAAAUUCUGGUUGGACAUGCCGUUGUUCACUUUGCCUCAUGCACUUCAGAUUAUUAAAAUAGAGCAAUGUAUGUCUCACAUCAAACCCUAAGAAAGAUCUGGUGAAUGUAAACAUUUGCAUCCUGUUUAGAAAAGCUGUCUUUUUCCUCACUGACUUGUGCAUACGCUGCUACAAAAGAGGAAAACAAGAAGCUGGUGCCUAAAACGUGAACAAAUAUCUCUAGGAAAACAUAAAAGCAAACUCAAUUAGCACUCAGACUGGAUCAACCAGUCUUCUCAAAGUCCUAGAGCUGCCUCAGAGAAUUUAUAAGUUUCUUUAGAGAUUAAAUGGAGUGGAUUUAAACUUAUGCAGCAGCAGCAGCCAGAUUGGACUAUUCUCUCCACUCUUUUGUUUCUUUCUGUUUCUGACUGCUCUGUGGUUUGUUGUGGCCCAGGCUGGUUUUCACUCUCAUCUCCUUUGAUGUGUUGCCUCAGGAAGCUAUUCAGUUUCACUGCCUUACAUCCUCAUGGGAAGUCUCACAGUUCUGGUGGGGUUGCUGAGUCUCCUGCUGCCUGAGACCCGAGGAAUGCCUUUGCCCGACACCAUCACUCACAUGCAACGCUUCCCUGGGUAAGACUGCACCUCCUGGAAAGUUUACGGUACUGCUAGACUGGGCGGGUUACAUUUCAAUUCAAAAACUUUUGUCCAAUCACUAUAAGAUAUGCCUGAGCAAAAAAGUCAAAUCAAGCAUCACAAUCCUUAACUAUUUUCUCAUUGCUCCUAUUAGCAAAACAUAAUACAGUAAACACAGACCCAUGAAGUUUCUUAUUUCACAAAAUUCUGGGAUUAAUUCUAAACUUUUGUACUUGUUGUACAGCUACAAAGGAUAUCAGGUUUCCCUUUGCAGGAAAGACAAUAACUACUUUGUAUUCCAAUCAUGUCAAACAUUUUCUUUAAAUUAAUGUACAACAUACAUAUAGAUCGAUCUAUCUAUCUAUCUAUCUAUCUAUCUAUCGCAGGAAUUGAUAGGACUUCAGUGGUUGUUCAGUUGUGCUGGAGUCCUAACAAUAUUCACUGCUGUCAGAUUUUGCAGCCUUAUAGGAAUCCUUGUUAGCUUUUUUAAUUCUAUGCAGUAAAGCUGUAGCUAAAUAUGAACAACAGAAAAUAUACUAUAAUUUCGUAUUUGACUUUUGGUAUAAUUUAAAAUUUUCAGUUUACACACAGUACCAUUAACCAAUCAUUAUCAGAAGAGUUUUUUCUGGGCUCUGUGAAUAACCUUAACUAAUAUUGAUGUUCCCCCUCUAGAUGUUGCCAGAAAAAAUCUUACACACUUACCCAGACUGAGGAGAAGGGAAACCCAGCAGACCUGUGA